CGGGCGGCGGGCGGGCGCGGCGGCGAGGGGCAGAGCCCGGCGGGCGGCGGGGCGGCCCCGCUCCCCGUGAAGAGGCGGUGCGGCAGGGCAGCGGCCGCCGCCAUGCAGCCCUCGCACCGGGCCCCGGCGUUGCUGCUGCUUCUGGCCGCCGGGACCUUGUGCCUCUGUCUUGCCUCCUCUGAGGACCCAACUGCCGAUGGCCUCACAUCAACUUCCCUGCUGGAAUUUGCUAUGAUGUCCCACCUGGAGGCCAUGAAUUCCCAUGAGCAGAGCAGCCCGGAGGCUGCAGAGCCAGAUCUUGCCCCUGGCUCUCUGCAUGCUGCUCCAGGGUCAGGCUUUGCCAGCGAGGAGAAUGAGGAAUCCAAGAUCUUGCAGCCCCCACAAUACUUCUGGGAAGAUGGGGGAGAGCUCAACGACUCCAGCCUGGACUUGGGACCAGCAACAGAUUAUACCUUUCCUGCUUCAUCUCAGAAGGCAUUGCUGAAACGAAAUGGGACACAAGUAGACAACUGGGAAAUGGCCACUGUCCAGCCACCAGCAGAAUUUGUGGAGCCUGACUUACACACACCUUUCUCCACACUAGAGGAAGAGGAGGGGCUGCUCCCUAUAGACCACUCAAGAGGAGGAAUGGAGAGCCUUCAUACCUCUGGACCAGAGGUUGCAUCUUCUGAACCAGUGGACCAAGAGGACUCCUUCUCCCUUCUGUUUUCCACAGCCUCUGCCCAGCCAGGUGUUGUGACUGAGGCAGCCAUAGGAGGGCAAGAAGAGGACUCUGUUUCUCCAGGCUUAGACCUUGGGAGCAGCAUGGGACCAGGUCUUCUACCUGUGCCCUCUACUUUUUCUACUACUGUUGCUGCAAGAUCUGCCAGUUCUCCCAGUGAUUCCGAGGAACCCUUUGAGGUAACAACUAGAGACAGUUGGGCUGUUGGGGGAACAGAUUCAGAGCUGACUGUGGCUACAACAGGAGCAGAGCUUGCAGAGACCACGGUGGAGGCUGCUGGGGAAGAGCAUUCAGCCAGGGAGGAGGUCUCAGAGGCCACGGUGGGGUGGGAGAUGCUGGAGCCCACGAUGCUGACUGAAAUGGAGCAGACCGUGGAAAUGCCUGUGGGAACACUCUAUCCUGCAAGCAGCUCCCCAGGCACCCAGACUCUUCCUGGUAGUGAGCAGCACCCCCCUUCUGUGUCUCCGUGGGACAGAGCUGAUGAGCCUGCGCUGGAUCCCGCUUGGAAUGACACCGAGUCAGCCACUGAGGCUGCAGCAGCAGAGAGGAGCUCAUCUCCACAGGCUGGGGAUGCCCGCGUGGCCAUGCUGCCAACUGAGCUGCCCUGGGACUCAGCACAGGUGAUCUGCAAAGACUGGAGCAACCUCGCAGGAAAGAACUAUAUCAUCCUGAAUAUGUCGGAUAACAUUGACUGUGAGGAAUUUCGGUUGGAGAGGGGUCCCCAGCUGUUGGCACUGGUGGAGGAUGCCUUCUCCAGGCAGGCAGAGGGGCUGCAGGACCGCUGGCUCAUCUCUCUGAGCAAACCCAAUGAGAAUGAGAAGCACUUGCUAAUGACGCUGGCAGGGGAACAGGGCGUUAUCCCUACAAAAGAUGUUCUCAUGGCACUGGGGGAUGUUAAGAGGAGCUUAGCUGAGAUUGGUAUCCAGAACUACUCGACCACCACAAGCUGCCAGUCGCACCCUAACCAGACGCGCAGUGAUUAUGGGAAGCUCUUUGUGGUGUUGGUGAUCAUCGGCUCCAUCUGUGCCAUCAUCAUCGUGUUGGGGCUCAUCUACAACUGCUGGCAGAGACGCCUGCCCAAGAUGAAGAACAUGUCGCACGGCGAGGAGCUGCGCUUUGUUGAGAAUGGCUGCCAUGACAACCCCACCUUGGACGUGGCCAGUGACAGCCAGUCGGAAAUGCAGGAGAAGAAGCCGAGUGUGAACGGUGGAAACACCAUCAAUGGCCCCGACAGCUGGGACGUCCUGAUCAAUAAGCAGGCGAGCGAGGAUGUGGAUGUGUUUGAGGAAGACACGCAUCUUUAGAUAAAGAAAGGAGGGAACCACCCUCUUAAACACACUUGUUUCUCUCCUAUCUUGACUGAUGGACCAUGGGAUCAGGUGGCUUCUCAGGAACUUCUUAAAACCUUUGAACAGGUCUUUGGGCAAGUUUUCCCUAUGGAAGUCCUGAGCCUGCAUCUGAGGCUUGGAGGCAGGAGGAUCACGGAACAGAGGGAAGCAGGAGGGGCUGAUCUUGUCAAGUCGAUUGCACUGUUGUCCCUCUCCUGCCAGCCCUGCAGAGACGGGUCAUCUCCGGGGACCUGCGGGCUGGGAAGCACUGUAGAGAGGCUGUUGGUAGCCUACUUUACUCUGUCCAGUGUUUGCAUUUCCAGCUCUGCACAGGGAGGAUGUAAAGAGGAAGAAAACCUUUGUCUUAGCAUUUGUAACAGGAAGCUUUUCUAUCACCCUAAUGUAGUUAAACUUCUUUUUAAUAAAAACUGUGAAAGCUGGACUUUUCAGAGCAGUGUGCCAGGCAACAGAGUAGAUGCAGGAGACAAAGCAAUUCCUGGAAAACUUUACCACCUACUCGGACAUCACCAUAAUUCCAUCUGCCAAAUGUUUGGUCGCACUGACACCUGGUGGCAGUUGGGAGUUGGAAACGAAAAAUUAAAAAAAAAAGAGCUUUUCUCUUAGCUUUGGAUAUUUGUUUCCUGUGACUUGCCUAGGAUAACCUGCUUUAUUCAUGAGGGGCUGCAGGACUCGACUGUGAGCAGAGGGGCUUGUACCAGGCAUGUCAAGGAUGGUUUUUGUGAGGACAUCCUUGUCUGCAAAGUAGUGAGAUGGGACAUUCCUUGGAGUCACCAGUAUAGAGGCCCUGGGUAGCAACUACGGGUCUCACCUCCAUCUUCCUGCUUUGUCUGCCACUUGCUCCCUCUGCUCCUUGGGACCACAGCUAGAAUGCAGGGACUCUGCCUUGAAGUGGAGAUGGUUCUUCAGAGAGAGCAUCAGGUGCUGUUGUGAGGAGUGCAGUGCCUCGGGGAACACCGGCGAUAGCAUCGUCUGGAUGCACAGCCAAGAUCAGUGGCUCUCCAUCUCUGUGGGAUCGUGGCCAGAUGUGAUCUGGGAUCACCAAGCUUCAGAUUACUCCGAGGUGUCACCCAGAUAUCUGGAACUGUGCCUGUAACAUGGAGUCUAACAUGUUCUAGGACUCUUCAUCCUGCAUGCCGCCAUGGGGUAUGUAGGGUGGAAGGAAACAACGAGGAGUGAUCUAGUAAUCGUGCUGUGAAGGAUGUAAUGCAGCUUGAGAAUACAUCCAAGAUACACUUUAAGGAUCCCUCUGGCAGAGGCUAUGGUGUGAAAUGAAGGUACUUUAUCCUGAGGACUAUUGCAGCAUGACCUUAGAGCAUUGCAGCAGGGUGCCACUGCAGCCACAGCCGUCAGCAACUCGUCUGUUCCCAUCUGCCUUUGCAGCCAUGCAGGAGUGCAUCUACCCUUCAUAGGUUUGGGACAGCUCAGUCAGACACAAGCAUCUUCAUCUGUGCUGGCUUAUGAGAGCCUCAGGCGCUCGUCUAAGCUGACAGGCAGGCUUUGAGCCAUUCUCAACACCUUCAUUCCUGCUGGACACAAACGGCAAGCCCUGGUCGCUGCUCGGGAUUGCUGCUGAAGAACACUUAGAAACACUUGUGUCUGGCCCUGGAAAUAACAGGGUUGUGGUUUUGUUUUCUUUGCAAUAAAACACACCUACUGGGUGUCUGAACACUGA